AUGGCGAGCGUGAAGGUUUUCGGGUCACCCACCUCGGCGGAGGUCGCCCGCGUGCUCAUGUGCCUCUUCGAGAAGGAGGUGGAGUUCCAGCUGAUCCGCGUCGACGCCUACCGCGGCACCAAGCGCAUGCCCCAGUACCUCAAGCUGCAGCCGCACGGCGAGGCGCUCACCUUCGAGGACGAGAGCCUCACCCUCUCCGAUUCGAGGGGGAUCCUGCGCCACAUCUCCCACAAGUACGCGAAGCAGGGCAACCCGGACCUGAUCGGCACGGGCGCUCUGGAGCGCGCGUCCAUCGAGCAGUGGCUGCAGACGGAGGCGCAGAGCUUCGACUCGCCCAGCGCCGAGAUGGUCUACAGCCUCGCCAUCCUGCCGCCCACCCUGCCCAGGCAGCAGAACGAUAACAACAACGGCAACGGCAACGGCAACGGCAGCGGGUUCAACGCCAGGGACGUCGCCGUGGGCAGCAACGCCGACGCGUCCAGCGGCAAGCGCGGUGUGGCCGGGUCGCAGCAGCCGGCGGCGAAACAGAGCCAGGUGAGCCCGCAGAAGGAGGAGGAGAUGCUGAAGCUGUUCGAACAGAGGAAGAAGGACCUGGAGAAGCUGCUGAACAUCUACGAGCAGCGGCUGGAGGAGGCCAAGUACCUGGCCGGCGACAACUUCACCAUCGCCGACCUGUCGCACCUGCCCAACGCCGACCGCCUCGUCUCCGACCCGCGCUCCCGCCGCAUGUUCGAGUCCCGCAAGAACGUCAGCAGGUGGUGGCACGACGUCUCCAGCCGCGACACCUGGCAGUACGUCAAGAGCCUGCAGCGCCCGCCGUCCACGUCUACCGACGCCAGCGCCAAGAACGGCCAGCAGCAGCAGCACCUGCCGGGAUCCACCGACGGCCACGGCGUGAAGAGUCACUUCUAG